AUGCUCUGCCAGAUCAUCGGUCAGGCCAAGAAGCAUUCUAGUUUGAUCCCCCUCUUUGUAUUUAUUGGAGCAGGAGGUACUGGCGCAGCACUGUGCCUGCGCCUGGCAUUGUUCAAUCCAGAUGUUAGCUGGGACAGAAAGAACAACCCAGAACCCUGGAACCCACUGGGUCCCAAUGAUCAGUACAAGUUCUACUCAGUGAAUGUAGAUUACAGCAAACUGAAGAAAGAAGGUCCAGACUUCUAAAUAUAAUGUUUCACCAUAAAGCUGCUUAAAAUGAAGGUCUUCCAGAAGCCAUCUGCACAAUUUUCCACUUAACCAAGAAAUAUUUCCCCUCUAAAUGCACGAAAUCAUGUU